UUCACGGGAAGUGUUGAAGCUAGGGCAAAAACAAGCAAAAACGAAAGAAGAACCAAGAGGAGGAAGACAAUGGAGGGAGGAGGAGGAGCGACACCAGCUGCUGUUGCGGACAAAAGACAAAAAUCUUUACCUGUUGAAAUUGCUACUGCUACUGCUAAAAAUGGUUUAUUUGGAGCUGCUUUGGGUGAUUUGUUUAGUAGGAUUCCUCCUAAGACUCCUGUAAUUUCAGCUCGUAGUUGCGCUGUUUUUGGUGGUGUCUAUGGAGGUACGAUGUGUGCUAUGAGACAAAUCACAGGGAAAGAUGAUACCAAGAAUAUAAUGGUGGCAGGUUUUACUUCCGGAUUCAUGUUUCACUUGGUUGGGAGGAUGCCUUCUCGUCCUAGAGUACCAGCUGCAGUCGGAACAGGGCUCUUCGUUUCGGUUUCUUAUGGUCUUAUUCAUGAGCAUGUUUGUUUAUACAUCUACUUGGACACUGGUCACCAAAUAGAGUAGGGAAUCGUGGUCGAAAUGACACACAGAUACGUAUCACGGUUCUCAUCAACUGGCAACCACUUCAACAACAUUGGAUAAAAAUUAAUUCGGAUGGAGCAGCAAGAGGAAAUCCGGGAACGGCAGUAUUGAUGGCAAUGGCAACACCAUUAGAAAUAACAUCAGCAAUAACAGCGGAAACGUGGAGACUCCUAUUAGCAACACGACUGGAAAAACAACAACUUUGGCCGAAGGUUUGGUUCGAGGCAGAAUUACAAGCACUCGUACAAAUCAUAAAAUGAUGCACCUGCAAAAUAAUACCAUACCAUGGUAUCUUCAAGGAAUGAUACAGGAGAUACGAAGUCUAAUGGAAAGUAUACCACAAACCAAGAUUACGCAUGAUUACAGAGAAGCAAAUCUGGCAGCAGACAAGUUAGCGAAUGACGGUCGAUCAUCAACAACAACACCUGGAGACAUCAUAAACAAGAACAAUCUUAAAGUAAUGAAUCAGGCCCGCAGAAUGACGUCGCAUGGACCCGGGACCAUCCAUAUGCACAGGUAGGAAAAUUAAGAAGCCCGAAUCUCACUAAUGGGAAUUGAAUAUUGAACUCACGACGUGUAUGAAGCUUAAACAUACAACAACACCAGCUCCAAGUUGUUGUGCAUCUAUAUCUAUACAAUUCUCAUUCUCCCAACAAUAUUGUUUGUGUUGUACUGUCAUCAUCAUACAAUGUCAAAUCACAAUAGCAAUCCGGCUUCACAACCAGAUCUUGAUCAACCUGAUGCACCAGGUUUGAAAUUGGCACAAUGAUGUUUCUGGGGUGUAGAACUUGCUUUCCAGAGAGUUGAAGGUGUUGUGAAGACAGAACUACUAAUCAUUCUGAAGUUGUGAGAAUUCAUUAUGAUCCUAAUCUCUGCCCCUACACCAAUCUCCCCUCUCUCUUUUGGUCUCGUCAUGAUCCUACUACCCUCAAUCGCCAGGUAAAAGUUUCAAUUUUAUAUCUGACCAGCAAAUUUCAAUUUUUUUUUUUUGUUUAGGGUGGAGAUGUAGGAACACAGUAGAGGUCAGGGAUCUAUUACUACGAUGGAGAUCAGGAAAAAUUGGCAAGGGAAUCAAUGGAAAUUAAGCAGAAUGAGAUGAAGAAUCAUAAGAUAGUUACUGAAAUAUUACCAGCUAAGAAAUUUUACCGAGCUGAAGAAUAUCAUCAGCAAUAUCUUGACUGAAUUAUGAAUCUAUGAUAUAAAAUUUUGAACAUUGCAAUCCAGCCACUUCGCAGUUUGGUUGAGAGGCGUUUACAUGAACUGUGAUAACUUGAAACUCUUUAGCAAAAUCGUAUACUGUUCGAAUGGAAGCUUGGCGCUCGCCUAGCAAGAUUUGCGUGCAGCAAUUUCCCAUGACCUGCAGUCUGUUCCACUUUUCGGGCCUAUCCUUAGAAAUUGUAGAUUUGGCACCUCUCUUUUGCUUGCUGAUUACAUUGCCAAAUAUGGGGAAAUGUAUCGUACAGAGGUUGUUCUUUAGCCUACUGAGUUUCCUCAAGAAUUGAAGAACCGUCUCUAUGACCAAGACAAAAUGUUUCACUUUCUAAGUUCCUCCAGGAGGAUUUGUUCUUUGGUGAAGAGAUGUCAAGUAAUUUGGUUGGUGUCCUUACAGUGGAUUGGUAGGUUGUGCUUUCUGUUGCUACAAGGACUCUGCAAUUAGCAAACAUUUCCUG